UCCUUGGAGGAUAGUUGAUGAUUGUGGUGGUGCAUUUACAAUGGGUGCCAUUGGAGGUGCUGUUUUCCAGAGUAUAAAGGGAUUCAGAAAUGCACCAUCUUUGAUGUUAACUCACGACGCCAUAAAAAAGUAUAUGAGCCAGUAACAAAAAGAAUACAUGAUCCAACAAACUAUGUUCAGAUAACUUCUUUGCCGAUUUCCUCUUCGUGGCAGAAAUGAAGGAUGCAUCAACACCUCAGGCUUCCAUCACAUUUUUACGGUACCACACGAAGAUUACAAGGAAGUUUAGCAGCUAUUAAACAAAGAGCACCUAUAAUUGGUGGAAAUUUUGCUGUCUGGGGAGGCCUUUUUUCAACUAUUGAUUGUUCAUUAGUACAUAUCCGUAAAAAGGAAGACCCAUGGAACUCUAUUGCAAGUGGUGCAUUGACUGGAGCAGUUUUAGCAGUAAGGAAUGGGACAGGUGCAAUGAUUGGUUCAGCUGUUAUAGGUGGUGUUUUACUUGCAUUAAUUGAAGGAAUGGGCAUUUUAUUUACACGAUAUUCUGCUGAACAGUUUAAACCAAUAAAUCCUCAAAUGGAAGACCCUGGCCAAUUAGGCGCAAGUGAUAUAUUUGGUGCUGCUGCUAAACAAUGAAGACUUGUAUUAUAGUUUCAUAUAUCAUCUGUAGUAUAAAUGUAUAAAAUUAUGUAUGGUGUUAUGCUGUAAUAAUUUCAUCAAGUAUUUAAUGUAUAAUACACAUCAUUUGAUAAAAAAAAUAUUAUUUCCAAA